AUGCAUCAAAUUCAAAGAACAUGCAUGCGGAAAUGGCAGAUUAGUUUGCGGCUGCUCGGAGUACCUAGUUCACCUAUCAACCGGUUAAUUUCCUCGACCUAUUGUGAUCCAACGAAUAAUGCAGCCAGACAGUACGCGACAGCACCAAAUGCCCCCUGCAAGAUUCCACCUAGUCAGCUGGAAGCAAAAAAACAUCAUUUAGGAUGGGAGAUAAUUCAAGCCCAGGUUGAGCCAUAUUUCAACCACAAUUGGAGGUUUGCGAGCGAGAGUAAGAGAAAGGGAUUCCUUGCGCUUGGAUUGUCACGCGCCUUCAGCAACUUUUUUCCAUUGACACUCGAUGACCGGAUUGGAGUCACAUGCAAGAUGCUGUACUUGUCACUGCUGAUCGAUGGGCGUCGGCAUGGGCAAUUAUUGACGAUUGAGAUAGACCAACUGGAGAAAAUGAGCUUUGCGCAAAUGCUAGCUUAUCGACACCGAGCCAUGGAAAUUGCUUUUGGAACAGUGAACCCAGAUAUGAGUGUCAGCCAUGAAUGGAUGCUUUAUGAUACAUUGCAAACCAUGCGCAUCAAAGAUGAGGUUUUGGCAAUGGAUGUUACUCAAGGAUUUUGUCAGCUGCUGAAGGCUAUGACAUCCCAGGAGCGAGGCUCAAUAUCAACUCUCGGUUCAUAUCUCGAAUUCAGGGAGGUAGACGUUGGGAGAACAUUCUACACUGCUCUCAUGAGAUUUGGCGCCAAGUUUCAUCUCACUGAAGGCCAGUUGGUAAAAACACAAAGUUUGGAAAGUACCGCGUUUCGUCACGUCAGUGUCAUAAAUGAUAUAUAUAGCUGGGAGCGGGAAUGGAAAGUAUCACAAACCGACCAGACCGAUGGAGCUCGACCAUUCUCGGCUGUUUAUAUCCUCUCGACGGAGACAGGCCUGCCAUUUUCAGCUUGCAAACGAUUGCUAUAUAGCUACUGCCGGGAGUUGGAGCUUGUUUUCAAGCAGGCCGUGCAUGAGAUUCGACACGACAGCUCUAGUGACUUGACACCCGAAUUUGAAAAGUACCUUCAGGGCUUGGAGUACUUCAUGAGUGGCAUUGAGACAUGGAGUCAGUGGACUCCUCGAUAUCGCCAGUGA